AUGGCAAGCAACUCUCCAUUUAAAGAUUUUCACCAAUCAACUGAAGCAGUAGAAGAAUGCCUAAUCGACUACGAUUUGGAGGAGUUGGAAGAGUUGGAGGAUUCAGGGGAGCACGAUUGGCAGCAGCAAACGCUUCGAGUGGAAACUAACAUGGCAACUGAUAAACACCACGAUUUGUUUUUCUGUACAUUUCUUGUGUACAAACGACAAUUUAAAGGACAGUCGUCAGGAACAUACGUCGCCCGUUGGGAAAUUUCGGCAGGAAGCAAAAGAGAAUUUAUACGCAAAAUUUGGCUUCUUUCGGAGGAAUACUUGGCUCGUGAGGUGGUGUUCGUGACAAGUGCUGAUGGAACCUCUUGCCCGUCGUGGAGUUCAAGCGAAAAACCUGUCGAGGAUGAGUUUCACAAGUUCGCACUUUUCCAAUCCGGUCGUCGAAAUUACACUUUGGAUAAAUUGAACGAAGAAAAGAGCAACAUACUACAGAGUUGGAGGGGCAAGGAUAUUUCCCUGUUUCUUCAUAUUUAUUCUCUUUCAGUUAGCAGUCGAUCAGUGUGGAACUCUGUCAAGGACGUCUUGAUUGAUCCAGAAGAAAAGGAUCGAUCUGGUGCUGCUAUGACUCAUGCAGUUUUUGAACUUGCAGAUGAAUUGAGAGCUUUUCACUGCAACAAUAUGGAUGGACACGGAAUGGCAUGGUCAUUUUGGGCCAAUACUGUUUUGAAUGCUCCCGCCCAUUUGAGGGAGACCAUGAAGGAUCAUCCUCCGCAGCACUUGGCUCAUUUGUUUCGUGCCAAAGAAGGAAUGCGUGUGGAAGCAAUGCGUCGGGAAUUGCACGUAGUGCACAGCGUCAAUAAUAGUUUUCAUGAGGAAAUUGCUGGUAUACGUCAAGUGUAUAAUGUCCUGGAAGCCGGAUUUCAAAGCGUUGGCGCCACUAUGGAGAUGUUAAAGCAGCGUAUAGAGGCAUUAGAAAUCCGCGAUAAGCUGAGUGAAUCUCUUAUCAGUGCUAUGGAAACUUCUGUUAACGUACAAGAAGAUCUACAGGGUAAAACGUUGAGCUUGGAGAUAACUGACGUUGAUGAUACUGAUCAUAUGUGAAUAACGAUUGAACUUGGAUUUGAAACAUUUUUUAUUUUCUUCUUUUCAACGGUUUGUACAGCAAUAGAAUCUUAAGCUGAAUUUAGAAUUCGUUCAACUGGUAUCUCGUACAGUGAGAUCAACUAAUCCCUCUGGGGCAGCGUAUGU